AAGACCACUUAGACACAGCACGUGCAACGGAUAGACUAAUCUCCCUGUUGUUGGUUAAUAGACAACAGUAAAUGGCUAAAUUCCGUGAAGGACAUUGGUUUGAAAUGUAAAGUAAGUCAGUUCUCGUGCUAUACUACGUACGUACCACCACUGUCCAGUACUGGUCAGCAGGUACACGUUGUCUGGAAUCCACUCUGUCCAGUUGGACUACUCACAACAAUGUUUAUUUGACGUGGAGACAAAACCGGAAGUGAAUAUGGCACUUCUGCUACUUAAAACGAAUGACCCCUCGUGGCAGGACCGGACGGUCAAUGUGGAAGUGAUGCUCGCGCCGGCCAGGAAUCAGCUCCUCAUGAAUAAACACAAAACGCUUGGUAGUAAGUGUCUGAAGGCACAGCGUCUUUACGAGAAAGAGCGGGAAUCCAUGCUGAAGAACAUACUUAUUGAGAAGCGGAUAAUGGAGAGAAAGAAUCAGGCAUUGUUGAGGAAGAAAUCGGAUAUAAUGAUGAAUCGUGUGUCCUCUGGUGUGUCUUCUCACAGACAAAAUACUACAGCCGUCCUCAAACUGCCCUCAAAACGGGGCGGGUCGGCCCCAGCAAAGAUCGGCUGGCCUGAUAAAAAUCCCAGUGAAAGCGUGUUUUUAACGGAAGUGUCUGGAGAGACUCGUUCUCAAUCUGUAACCACAACGGAAAUAUCAGGAGAGUCUCGAUCCCAAUCCGUAGCCAUACCGGAAAAGGACAAACAAUGGGGCGUAACUCCAUCCCCUUCUCAUGGUAAUCUCAGUAUGCAGGUUGCCGGCUCGGCCUCUCAGCUAUCGGCAUCAUCGCGUCGAGUAAUCUCGCCUUUCGGACCUAAACGUUCUUCGAGAAGAAUCAAGUCUGUGAGGUUUGACGACAACCGUCUUCCUGAAAAUCAGCAAACAGAUACAUAUUCCCGCCAAUCAAAUGUAAGCGGCUUAGUAGAACAAUUCGUGAAGACUCAGGUUGAGUUCAAUAAGCGACCACCGAUAGGUAGUGCUGAACAAUACAGGGUAAAUAAUAGAUCUGGAUCAAACACACCGCUAAUCGCCAAGAGAUACUCCACUCUUUCGGUAAACAACGAUAAACUCAUUAACGCGUUUGAUAACUUCUGUUUAGACAGGAACAAGGAAGACUUCCAAAAACUCGUGCGGAUGGCUUCAAAACUGAAAUCAUCAGCCAAAUUGGCUCGGAACCAAUCGGUGGUUCCUGCUGUAGCGGCUCUGCGGUCUGGAAAAGUGUUUAUAGACCAGAUUAGGAAACCCGAGACAGUGCAAUCAUAGGGUUAAAGUAAAGUGUUUAUUAUUAUGUUACAGUGUGGACGAAUCAUCUGGUGUUACACUUUGGACGAGUUAUCUGGUGAUGUGUUACACUUUGGACGAGUUGUCUGGUGAUGUGUUACACUUUGGACGAGUUGUCUGGUGAUAUGUUACUGUAUGGACGAGUUGUCUGGUGAUAUGUUACUGUAUGGACGAGUUGUCUGGUGACAUGUUACUGUAUGGACGAGUUGUCUGGUGAUAUGUUACUGUAUGGACGAGUUGUCUGGUGACAUGUUACUGUAUGGACGAGUUAUCUGGUGAUGUGUUACUGUAUGGACGAGUUGUCUGGUGACAUGUUACUGUAUAGACGAGUUGUCUGGUGAUGUGUUUUGUAUGGACGAGUUGGCUGGUGACAUGUAACUGUAUGGACGAGUUGUCUGGUGAUGUGUUACUGUAUGGACGAGUUAGCUGGUGAUGUGUUACUGUAUGAACGAGUUGUCUGGUGAUGUGUGACUGUAUGGACGAGUUGGCUGGUAAUGUGUUGCUGUAUGGACGAGUUGGCUGGUGAUGUGUUACUGUAUGAACCAGUUGUCUGGUGAUGUGUUACUGUAUGGACCAGUUGGCUGGUGACAUGUUACUGUAUGGACGAGUUGGCUGGUGAUGUGUUAGUGUAUGGACGAGUUAUCUGGUGACCUGUUACUGUAUGGACGAGUUGGCUGGUGAUGUGUUACUGUAUGGAAGAGUUAUCUGGUGAUGUGUUAGUGUAUGGACGAGUUAUCUGGUGACCUGUUACUAUAUUGAGGUGUUGUCUAGUGACAUGUUACUGUAUGAAGGUGUUGUUUAGUGACAUGUUACUGUAUGGAGGUGAUGUUAAGUGACAUGUUACUGUAUGGAGGUGAUGUUUAGUGACAUGUUACUGUAUGGAGGUGUUGUCUAGUGACCUGUUACUGUAUGGAGGUGUUGUCUAGUGACCUGUUACUGUAUGGAGGUGUUGUCUAGUGACCUGUUACUGUAUGGAGGUGUUGUCUAGUGACAUGUUACUGUAUGGAGGUUUAGUGACAUGUUACUGUAUGGAGGUUUAGUGACAUGUUACUGUAUGGAGGUUUAGUGACAUGUUACUGUAUGGAGGUUUAGUGACAUGUUACUGUAUGGAGGUUUAGUGUUAUGUUACUGUAUGGAGGUGUUGUCUAGUGACAUGAUACUGUAUGGAGGUGUUGUCUAGUGACAUGUUACUGUAUGGAGGUGUUGUCUAGUGACAUGUUUCUGCAUGGAGGUGUUGUUUAGUGUUAUGUUACUGUAUGGAGGUGUUGUCUAGUGACCUGUUACUGUAUGGAGGUGUUGUCUAGUGACCUGUUACUGUAUGGAGGUGUUGUUUAGUGACCUGUUACUGUAUGGAGGUGCUGUCUGGUGUUGUUACUGUAUGGAGGUGUUGUUUAGUGACCUGUUACUGUAUGAACGUGUUGUCUAGACGUGGCCCAUUAGCAUACGUGUAAUUACCAUACAUUUAUUCAGGUAUAUUUUCCGGUUUAAAAUAUUAUUUGCAAUUGAAUUAUUUUAAUAAACAUAUAUUAAUCUG